GGCAACACAAAACACGUUGUGAAGGACUUGUUGCGUACUGCAAAUUCCCCUGCAUGGUUUGGUCAACUUUUUAAUAAAUAACACAGAUGGGAUAAGAAGUUUCUGUCGGCUAUUUUCUCAAAGCCAUGUUAGCGGAGUCGAGGGUUCCAAAGCCAAUUGGAUCAGACACACAAUGGAAGUCGUCAAUCACUGUGAACAAUGUCAAACAUUCACGUAGCGAACAGAAGCACCAGCGGCAUGCAUUCAGUUAUGGAAGCAACUUCUUGGGACUGGAAACAAAGACAGAACUGGUCUGGGAAGACUGGAAUGAGGGGAGAGAAUUCACCAAGUUGCUAGUGUUAAAGAAUAUUGGCCUCAAGAUUCAAAAGCUUCAGUUGAGACCUCCAGUGUCCAAAUUCUUCACCAUCUCUGUCUCACGGAUCAUUGCCAUCAGCCCAGGAACUACAUUCUCCAUACCAGUCACAUUUACACCAUUCGAAAGGUGUAACUAUGAAGACAGUAUUGAGUUCCAGAGUAAAAGUGGCAGCUUCCAAGUGUUCCUUCAGGCUAUUGCUCCCUGUCCUGCCUUGGAAGUUCCAGACACUGUACUCCUUCCACUUUGUGCUGUUCAUCAGUCUGCUUCUACUGUCUUUCUCUUAAAAAAUAUGAGCAAACUCCGUACAUACUUCAAGUGGGAGUGUUCAGAACCUUUCCAAGUGAGUCCAGCCCAAGGUGUGCUGCAACCCAGCCAGGUGCAUCACAUUACCGUCCUGUUCAAACCACAGUCGGCACUGUUGUUUCAUAAACAUGCCUAUUGCAACUUUGGAGAAGAAGGAGGCGAGACAAACAGCUGCUGCACAGUGCUUCUUCAGGGAGUUGCCAAGUACCCAUGUCUUUACCUGAGAAGCCCACAUUCCAAGAGUAAAAAUGAUCCUAGUUGUUCAGAGCUUAACUUUGGAUCUGUCCCAAUUGGAAAAAGUGUACAAAAGGGUUUUGAUGUAUAUAAUCCCUCACAUGUAACAGCAUUUUUCUCUUUGACACGUCUUUCUGGAGGCUUGCCUUUGUUAGGGUCUGAGUUCAUCUGUGACAUCAACAGCGGUAAUGUUGCCCCAGGUGAAACCGUGUCAGCUAAAGUCACCUUUGUACCUACUGUUGCUGAUUCUGUCUCUGUUGAGUAUUUGACAAUAGAGUGCAAAGGGGCACUCAACCAAACAGUGCUUAAGCUCACUGGAAACAGUGCAGGUCCUAAAUUGUCAUUGUCUUCAUCUGUGGUUGACUUUGGCUGUAUUAAGGAAGGCGAUACAUCCUCACAGACAAUUGAGAUGGUUAAUUCAUCAUCAGCUGAGGCAACAUAUCAGUGGGAUCUUGACUGCACUGGACACAGUGUGUUCAGCAUUCAACCACAGUGUGGUACCGUUAAACAACAGAGCAGUGUAAAGCUGCAAAUAUUCUACCUACCUACUAUGCCUAUUGCAUAUCACAGAAGUGUAUCUUGUUUUAUACUUCAGGCGGAACCUUUGUUCCUUGACCUGAUUGGAAACUGUUACUCAGAUGUCCAGGAACCAGCUGUUUUGACACAAGAACAUUUGUCAGAGAGCAAAAAGGAGCCGUCUGAAAUCAUUAGUGCCUUGCUGCGAAGCUAUAGCACGCAAUCGGACACACAGGCACUCUGCUUUCCUCUGGAUGAGCGAUCAAGCCGACAACUAGAUUGCUCGAGUGCGAUAUUCAGCACUCCGAGGGAAGACAAUGACAGACACUGCUCCACCUGGGAGGUGGAUUCACUUCCGACCGCUUUAUCUUCACCAUCCACACAAGUAUCUGUGGUCCCCAGUGAGCUGCUGUUUCAUCACAACAGUUCUUCCAGCUUGUCGUCUUCGCUUACGCCCUCUAAGGCUGUCGCCAUCACCAACCACACCUCUGUGAAAAUCACCCUGGUGUGGACCAAUCCCCGAAACUCUCCAUUCUCCAUCUCUCCAAUAAAAUCUGACCUGUCCCCACUAAAGUCCACGUCAUUCCGAGUGUCAUAUAAUCCGAAAGAGCUAAAUACAUUACAUGGAGCUCAACUUGAAUGCUUGGCUGUUAAAGUAAUGCAGCAGAGCACGUCUGACGAGGAUGAGACAACUAUAUGUCCACCCUGGUGUGUCAUUGUCAGAGUGAUUGGCCAUUCCUUUGAACUCGGCAAAGAGCACUUUUACCCAUGCUGCUCUCUUGAGCCAAAUCAAUUGCUGUUUUCGGGGCUGAGUGUUCAAUCCUAUCAGACAGUGCUUCUCCGCAAUAAUGGUGACCAGCCCCUCACCUUCUGUCGAAACCUAAAUGACAGCUCAGAGCAGGAGGCAUCAGUGUUACUAGUGCCAAGAUGCGGCUUAGUCCAACCUGGGACUCAUCAAAUUCUCACUGUCAUAACAACUCCCAAAGAAGACACCCCUUUAGAGGGACUUAAAUUGCGACUACAGUUCAAUGCAACCCAACACACAAAGGAGAUAACUGUUUUCAGCGUGUUGGAAAAGAUCGGCGUGUCCCUGGAAGGUGGAGGAAAUUUGUAUUUCCAAGAUACAUCUGUAGGCUCACAUGCUGAACGGACACACCUCAUCAGGAACAUCUGUCGCAUGCCGCUAUGCUUUCAAUGGACCAUUCCAGAGUCAGACCAGGAUUUUAUCUCUGUUCAACCAGAUACCGGUCAACUGCAGUCUAAUGAGAGCUUGUUGCAGACUUGGUCUUUCAGUCCAAUGGAAGAGAAAACAUACAUCCUUGAACCUUUGGUCUCUGUUUGGCCAGUCAAGAAUCUUGAAUGUGAAAAGACAAUUAUUCCCCUCAAAGUAGUGGGAACAGGCUCCAAGGGCUUCAUACAGGCAGUUAGAGAAUUUGAGGAUAUGGAGGACACUUUGGUUGGGUGUUCCCAGUCAAUUGUUGUUUCUCUUGUGAACAACAGUACCUGCUCAGUCUCCUUCAUUCUUUCUGUUGAGCAGACACUACAAGAUGAGCAAACUCAUCAGGACCCAGAAACUGAGACAUGUAUACAGACAGCUCUGCAGCUUGACUGUCAAAGCGAAACUAUGGCCUCACAGUCCACAAUGCUCCUCCGUGCCACAUUUAGGCCGGAUAGACAAGCCCAGUACCAGUGGACCAUCAGCUACAUCACACUGAACCCCAGUGGUGUGCCAUUGUCCUCUCCCCAACCACUGUGUGAAAUGCGUGCUAAGGGUGUGUUCCCUACCCUACAAGUGACUGAUGCGUGCAGUCGCGGCACUGUAGCGUGGCUCAACAAGGCAUAUGUGUGGAAACUAUUCUCAGUAGACAGCUUCAACGAGCAGCUACUCUCCAUCCCCUCCCCUGUGGAACACACUUACAGAAACCCAGAAAGGCACAGUAUGCGCAUGUACCCCACCAUUCUAAUCAAAGCCAUGUUGGAUUUUAACUUCAGUUCAGCUCCCCUGAACUCAGAACCUUCUACUUUUGUGUUGGUGUUUCACAAUCCUGGCUGCAUCCCUGUAGAGUGGACAUUCUUGUUUCCAGAUGACCAACAGGUAGACUUUAAGCAGUGGACCCAGGCACCAGAGUUAUGUCACAAUGAGCUUCACCAGAUGGAGGUUGUGGAACUUUUCAACAUUUCUCCACUUUCAGGAAUGUUGCUUUCUGGCCAGCAGAGGGCAGUACAGUUCAGCUACAGUCACGACUUGGUUGGAACACAUCAGUUACCAAUCGUUUUAAAAAUCUCACACGGCAGAGAGAUCUUGUUGCACUUUCAAGGGGUGACAUUGGAGCAGGAAAGACCAUUUCUCUACUUUCUAACCAGGCAUCAUGUUUUCACUCCUGUAAUGAUCGGGGAUUUAACGUCUCCAGUACAGAUGUAUGACCUUUACAACGGUGGUGGUAUUCCUGUCCGUUAUGAAGUGGAUGCAGGUGUGUUGUCACAGCUACAAGAGAACAAUUUUAAUCAACCUCUGCUGUGUUGCCUCAACCCAGUGGGAGAAAUUCUACCUGGGAAGACAGCAUCGCUGGAAUUUAUUUUCUCUCCAUUGGAGGCCAAGAUGCACAGUAUGGAUAUUCCUAUUCACAUCCAAGAUGGAGACACUACACUAUUAAGGUUUGACUGUUAUGGCCUAGGUCCUCAAACAGUGCUCUCAAGCAGUGAUACCAAAUCAUCUAUACCCUGUGUCCGAAGGAUACCACUACCAGGAUUGGGUGCAUUCCUGUCUCAGGACUGUGUCUCUAUAGGCAACAUGCCAGUGGGCUCACAAUCUUCAAGAGUCAUCUUCUUAAUGAACAUGUCCCUGAAAGAAACCCUCUAUAAAUGGAACUUAACCAAGGUUGUACAUAUCUAUCCUGAACAAGGACUUCUACAUCCAGGGGAGAGCAUCUUUUGUGUUCUGACCUUCAAGGCAACAGACUACCCCACUGUUUAUCAGCUUGAUAUCACCUGUCAGUUGACACAGAAGGCAGCUUUGGAUCAAUAUUAUGAUGCUCUGCAGCGUUGGGAGCAAGAACGAAAGAAGCAGCAAAAUGAAUUCACAAUAACAGACAAAGACCUCACUGUAUCUGCCACUGCUGUUCCAACAAAAGGGCCGUCACUGUGCAAGUACAAGAUUCUGCCGCCUAUUAAUUCCAAGUCAGCACGAGCAGAGCAGCGUGUGCAGUCUGAUCAUGUAAAAGUUGGGGCACGCCCUGUACCACCUCAAACUACUCUGCUGCAUCUGUGUGUGACAGCACGCUCUUAUCGGUUUCAGGAAUUUAUCAGAAAUUUCCCUGACCAGUUUAAUAGUCACUAUAGGUGCUUCCUCUCUAUCAAGCCUCCUUGUCCUAAAACCAUGUUGUGUGAUACACACCUUGAUUGGCAACCUGCACAGACGCCUACUCCUGAGCGAGCCUUCCUCGAGCAUGUUAUCACUUCUCUACUCAGGACCAUACUGUAUGAUGAAGAAUUUGCUCAGUCUCUGCUUUCUUUGGCAUCUAUACCUUUCACAUACAACGCCCGAGCAAGCUCCUCCUUGCCUCUGCCAACACCCGAACCUCAAAAUGGGCAGGAAGAGACACAAGCUUUGUUAGAUAUAUCGGACAGCCAAGUGGACAACAAGAGCAGCGCAGGAUGUUUAGGGACCGGGCUGGAAAUGAAACCAGACACUGAACUUGUACCUGCUGCUGUGUGCAAUGACAUAUUGCUCAACACACUCCAGAAUCUCAUGAUGGAGGCUGUGAGAGGAGAUUUUAACCUUACAGAGAAUUCUCGGACUGAUCUCUCAUCAUAUGCCUCCCCCGGAACUCAGAGGUAUUCCAAUGACAAAGUCCAGGACGACAGAGAGACAAUCCAAGACGAACAAACUCAACAUGACCAACAAGCCUCACCAUCUGGCUGACAUCACAGAUGAUUAAGUACAGUUUGCCCGCAUCAUGUUGACGUUGCUUCAAUCAGCUCGCAGUGAUAAUGACUCUAUUGUUAGUCUUGUUUUGUGGAAACAAGUUUUAAAGGCCUACUGAAAUUAUUAUUUUUUUAUUUAAACGGGGAUAGCAGAUCUAUUCUAUGUGUCAUACUUGAUAAUUUUGCGAUAUUGCCAUAUUUUUGCUGAAAGGAUUUAGUAGAGAACAUCGACGAUAAAAUUCACAACUUUUGGUCGCUGAUAUAAAAAGCCUUGCCUGUACCGGAAGUAGCGUGAUGUCACAGGUUGAAAGGCUCCUCACAUUUCCCCAUUGUUUACAAUGCGGCGAGAGCGAUUCGGACCGAGACAGCGACGAUUACCCCAUUAAUUUGAGCAAGGAUGAAAGAUUCGUGGAUGAGGGACGUGAGUGUGAAGGACUAGAGUGCAGUGCAGGACGUAUCUUUUUUCGCUCUGACCAUAACUUAGGUACAAGGGCUCAUUGGAUUCCACACUUUCUCCUUUUUCUAUUGUGGAUCACGUAUUUGUAUUUUAAACCACCUCGGACACUAUAUCCUCUUGAAAAUGAGAGUCGAGAACGCAAAAUUGACAUUCACAGUGACUUUUAUCUCCACGACAAUACAUCGGCGAAGCUCUUUAGCUAUGGAGCUAACGUGAUAGCAUUUGGCUUAAAUGCAGAUAGAAACAAAAGAAAUAAACCCCUGACUGGAAGGAUAGACAGAAAAUCAACAAUACUAUUAAACCAUGGACAUGUAAAUACACGGUUAAUGCUUUCCAGCCUGGCGAAGCUUAACAAUGCUGUUGCUAACGACGCCAUUGAAGCUAACUUAGCUACGGGACCUCACAGAGCUAUGUUAAAAACAUUAGCUAUCCACCUAUGCCAGCCCUCAUCUGCUCAUCAACACCCGUGCUCACCUGCGUUCCAGCGAUCGACAGAGCGACGAUCAUAGAUGCGGUUGGCGGCCCGGAGACGGAGGGAGUCAAGGUGAGGUCGGCGACUAGCGCGUCUGCUAUCCAUCUCAAAGUCCUCCUGGUUGUGUUGCUGUAGUCCGCCGCUAAUACACCGAUCCCACCUACAACUUUCUUCUUUGCAGUCUUCAUUGUUCAUUAAACAAAUUGCAAAAGAUUCACCAACACAGAUGUCCAGAAUACUGUGGAAUUUUGAGAUGAAAACAGCUUUUUGUAUUGGAUUCAAUGGGGUCCCAAUACUUCCGUUUCAACAAUUGACGUCACGCGCAUAAGUCAUCAUACAUAGACGUUUUCAACUGGAAGUUUAGCGGGAAAUUUAAAAUUGCACUUUAUAAGUUAACCCGGCCGUAUUGGCAUGUGUUGCAAUGUUAAGAUUUCAUCAUUGAUAUAUAAACUAUCAGACUGUGUGGUCGGUAGUAGUGGGUUUCAGUAGGCCUUUAAAAAUAAUGUUCUUGUGAACACGAUACAGUGGCACCUCGAUUUACGAACUUUAUUAAUUCUUGAACAUGGUUGGUAAAUCAAAACGUUCAUAUAGUGAGGCAGAGUUAGCCUAGACAAAAGUCCAUAUUUUUGUAAAAGAAUGCACACUUUGAAGACACAAUUAUGUACAGUAAAGGCCAAAAGUUUGGACACACCUUCUCAUUUCAAUGCGUUUUCUUUAUUUUCAUGACUAUUUACAUUGUAGAUUGUCACUGAAUGCAUCAAAACUAUGACACCUCUAAAGUGAAAACCAUUUCAGGUGACUACCUCUUGAUGGUCAUCAAGAGAUUGCCAAGAGUGUGCAAAGCAGUAAUCAGAGCAAAGGGUGGCUAUUUUGAAGAAACUAGAAUAUAAAACAUGUUUUCAGUUAUUUCACUUUUUUGCCAAUUUUUUUUGUUAAGUACAUCAUCCCACAUGU